GAAGGGUGAUACCAUCCUAGUGAAGACCAUCCAAACAACUCUUGCUAGUGAAGUAAAUCACAUGAGAACUCAUACUGGAGAGAAACCAUAUCAGUGUGUAGUGUGUCUGAAAAACUUUUCUAGAAAAACUCAUUUAGUAUAUCACAUUAGAACUCAUACUGGAGAGAAACCAUAUCAGUGUUCACAAUGUCAAAAAGACUUUUCACAAAGGACUGACUUAUGUGUAGUGUGUCUGAAAAACUUUUCUAGAAAAACUCAUUUAGUAUAUCACAUUAGAACUCAUACUGGAGAGAAACCAUAUCAGUGUUCACAAUGUCAAAAAGACUUUUCACAAAGGACUGACUUAGUAUGUCACAUGAGAACUCAUACUGGAGAGAAACCAUAUAAGUGUUCAGAAUGUAUGAAUACCUUUUCUCAUAGAUCAACAUUAGUAAAUCACAUGAGAACUCAUACUGGAGAGAAACCAUAU